AUGAUCGGGAUUUUCGACGGCAUUCACAGAAUUUUCCGUCAUCGGAAAAAAGGGGCCAUCGUAGAAAAUGGCGUCUUCAGAUUGCACUGGCAGUUCACAGCUGGUUUGCUGCUGUUCCUGGCCGUAAUUGUUUCCGCGCGACAGUAUAUCGGCACUCCGAUCGAAUGCAUUCCACCGGAGAAAGUUCCAGCGAUCGUUGCUAAUUCCUACUGUUGGAUUCAUCCGACGUUCACUCUGCCCGACGCUCAUCACAAGAGAAUCGGGUCGGAGAUCGCCGCCCCCGGAAUAGACAACUCGGCCUUCUACGGACGCAAAAAGCACGUGGCCUACUACCAAUGGGUGUAUCUGACGCUGAUCGUGCAGGCCGUCGUCUUCUACCUGCCGCAUUACGUGUGGAAAAACUGGGAGGGAGGUCUCAUGGGCGCCCUGACCUCUGGGCCGGCCAAGAGCGACGAUGAGCGACGCAAAAAGCGCGAGACGAUCACGCUCUGGGUCGAUCGAAACUUUGGGAAACGGAAUCUCUACACGUACAAGUAUCUGUUCUGUGAAAUGCUGUGUUUUCUGAACGUGCUCAUGCAGAUGUUCCUGAUGGAUACGUUCCUCGGAGGGGAGUUCAUGAACUACGGGAUCAAAGUCCUCGAGUUCCUGAAUCAGGACGACGAGGAUCGGAUGGAUCCGAUGAGAUUCGUCUUUCCCCGUAUGACAAAAUGCAUCUUCCGACGCUUCGGACCGUCUGGAGACGUUAUGAAGGAGGAUAUCCUCUGCGUCCUUCCUCAAAACGUGUUCAACGAGAAGCUCUACGUUCUCGCUUGGUUCUGGUUCGUUUUCCUCCUGACCGUCCUCUCGGGGCUGAUAGUGUAUCGUUUCUUGAUUCUGAUGCUGCCCUCGAUGCGGGAAAGACUUUUGAUGAACCGGUGCCAUCUCGGCGAUCCAGACGAUGUUCGCCUCGUAGUGAAGAGCACGAACAUCGCCGAUUGGUUCUUCCUGUACAUGAUGGGACCUAACUUGGAUUCGCUACUUUAUGCGGAGCUCAUCGGUGAAAUAGCAGCAACUCCCAAAUUGAACUCGAACCGGAACGGAACCCGAAUCCAACUGAAUAUCACCGAAAAAACGAGCCUGUCCGCAAGUGCCCCAGUCUGACAUGAGCCAGAGUCCAGCGUGACAGCGUUGUUGCCGAG